CUCAAACAAAAAAGCCGAAAGUUUUUCAACCCCUUUUUCGGUUCUCCCUUUGACUGAGAAUCUCAUAUCUUAAAUUAAACGCCAAAAAAACCCCUAACCCCCGCGUGUAGACCACACGCCUCUCCUAUAUAAUCCUCUUCCAGUCUUCCCCCAAUAUCUCCCAAAUCCCAUUCAGUUCACACACAUCUUACCUCUUCCGCCUCCCCCACCCAAUCAUUAUCGGCGCCACCUAUAUCUCCAAAAAUCGCCGCCGCACUCCGACCGUUGUCAUUUUCAAAUCUCCAACAAUUCAUGGCUGAUAGAAGAUCUUCCGGAAACCGGAGACAAUCGAGCCGGUUACAAGGCCGAGCUCCGGCGUCAAUUCAAGUCAACAGAGUCACCGAUUGGAACGUCGCCAUCCCUCUGCUGUCGCCGUUGGUACAGUCUCCGACUUCGCCCCGGUCUCAUAUCCUGACCGGCGCUGAGACUUCUUCGUCGGAGAAGAAGGAGAAGCUGCAGUCCGGUACAAGUGGUUCAACGGCGACGACGUCGUUUAAGAAAUGGCAGCAUCCGGCGGCUCCUUUUUAUUACGAGCCGGCUCCGUUGGUGCCUUUUGUUUCCACGGCUCCGGCUCGGUUCGGGGUCGAUAGACGCUAGGAGAAUGAUUUAGUAUGAUUGUUUAGGAAAAAUACUGCUAUUUUAGAUUGAUUUUUGACUUUUUUUUUUCCCCGUUUUGAUGAAUGUGUUCAUGUGAAAUGUGACUGAAUUAGAAUAGAGUUUUAGCUUCUUUUAUUCUGGAUGAUUUUUGGGUUAAUAAUAAUAUCAUGUAUGUACAGUUUUGGUAUAACAUAUAACAGGGGAUUUUUCACUUUAGCAAUGAUGAUGAUUGUUCAUUGUUUUAUUGCUACGUGUCUACACUCUACAAGAUGGAAGAAGCUGGGAAAAUCCCCCUUUUGAAAUAGUAGAGUUUUGAAAUUGAAAGAUGUAAAAUGGUAAGUCUUUCUAAUUCAAAAUUAAUUGUUACACUUUGAAUUUUCACUUUCAGUUCAAUUUAUAUUAAAAAUAAAAAUAUAAAUCGGACAACAAUUUUCGGGUUUUGAAGGGAUGAUGCAUGUAUGUUUCGAAGUAAGUGUUGAUUCGGAUUUUAAGUUUUUUAGUCUGACAACAAUAGUAGA